UAUCGAUACAAGGUUAGUAUAAGAGUGUUAGCAAUCGACAACGGCUUUAUUUCGCUGUGUCCGAUCAUAAGGUAGAAAUUUGUCGCUGGAAAUUUCAUGAUUCGAUAUUCCAAACGCAAGUAAAUUUGCAAACAUGUUUCGCAUUUUUAUGCUAGUUGCAACAAUCUUUGUGAUGAUCGAUGCGCAAUUGAAGAGGAUUUUAUUACACAAGAUGGAUUCUAUUCGAUACAUUGUGAAUAACGGUGACUACGGUAAUCUUCCAGUAAUUUUAUAGACGACUCUAGAAUGUCUUCAUACAAAUAUUUAGAUGCUCAGUACUAUGGUCUUAUUACUAUCGGAACUCCGCCGCAGGAAUUUAAAGUAAUAAUUGACACUGAUUUCUCAAAUCUAUGGAUAUCAUCCCAAAAGUGUACAAAUUUCAACAUUGGUUGCUCAAACCGUACCACAUAUGAUAGCAAAAAAUCCAGUACAUAUAUACAAAAUGAUAAUGCGCUUCAGAUUCCAUGUGGCAGGGAAUCUAUAGCUGGAUUUUUAUCUACUGAUGUAGUGAGUAUUGCCGGUCUCAAUGUUCAAAAUCAAACAUUUGCGGAAGCAAAACAUCUUCUCAGCGUUGCGUUCAUGUAUGGAAAAUUUAAUGGUAUCUUGGGCAUGGGUUUUAACGUGUCAUACGUCAAGGAAGUAAAACCUGUACUUUACAAUAUAGUGAAACAAGGCCUGGUAUCAUCAGCCGUUUUCAGCUUUUAUUUGAAUAAAGAUUUGUCGGCCGAAGUCGGUGGUGAAUUAAUAUUGGGUGGUACCGAUCCCGAUUAUUACGAAGGCGAGUUGACGUAUGUUCCUGUUAGUAAAAAGGGAUACUGGGAAUUUACUAUAAAUGAAAUCACAAUACAUCAUCAUAUCUUGUACGCGGAUGGCCAUCAAGCAAUAUGUAAACAUAUCUUGUGCGCGGGUGGCUGUCAAGCUAUCGCUAGUACAAGUACCUCAUCAAUAUAUGGACCAACUAGAGACAUCUCAAUUAUUAAUGAACUUAUUGGAACUAUUCAUUGGAACAAUAAAGGAGAGGAUAGAGUAAACUGCAACAAAAUAAACUCUGCUGAGAUGCCAGUAAUCAGUUUCAUUAUAGGUAGUAAAAUGUUCAAUCUUACCAGUCAGGAUUACAUCCAAUCGGUGUUAACAAAAGAUAGCACGACGUGUAGAAGCAAUUUUGUAUCCCGAAACACUACAAAUAUAUCUUGGAUUCUAGGCGAUAUAUUUCUUAGACAGUAUUAUAGUGUAUUUGAUUUUGAAAAAGGCCGAGUGGGAUUUGCCCCAGCGAAAUAAAUGUCGAUUGCUAAUUCUUAAAAUUAUGUAAUAAAAGACAUCGCAUUAAAAUGAUAACUUCGCGAUUAAUUUAGUAACGUUUUUAUAAUUUUUUAAAAAGUUUAUUGACUAGCAAUUUUUUAUUUAUAGUUAUAUGAUACAUUGUUAUAAACGGAUUUAUUUGUUUUGGAGAAUUGAAAUAAGGUUAAAUGUGGAAAAUAUUUUCCAUUUUUAAUUUGAUAUGUUUUCUUUCAAUUCACACACUGUAUUGUUAUAUUUCUGAACACAAAUAAAUUUUUAAAAAUGUA